AUGUCGAUGCAGCUGUCGAGAAAUCGUGACCUGGUUUGUCAGGUCAAGCUCAGUGUGCUCGAGCAACGCACCGCAGGUGACUUGUUCGAUAUUCCUGCCGUUGCUAUACUUGUUGUAACAAAAAUGAAAGGAAACGAUAAUGGCGGGCGACGUGGGCGGUCACGCCAAGUGGUGAGGGCGGAAGGACAGGAAAAGCGGGCGAGAAAAUGUGUGGAGAGAAGAACGGUGGUGCUCCAACGGGUACGCCCUGCUGGUUCUCUAUUCACUUCGCUGGGCGCCGAUGUGCGUUACAGGCGUCAGAUUGAAGCUGGCCUUUCUCAUUUAACCCGCAUCGGGAUCGAGCAAUACAAUUGCGGUGAAGGACGAAGAGCCAAGGAAGACUCGGGAACAUUUGUCCUUGAUGGUCUCUUGAGGGACGUGGCGAACUUUGCACCCUUCUGCUCGCCUUGA